UGGGAAGCCAGCUUAAGGAUGUAAUGAUGUAUUUUCUUUUAGGUUAGGUUACAAUAAUUAUUUACAAUCGAUUUUUUAAAAAAUUGUUAUGUUGAGGAAGAUUCAAGUUUAGCAAGCAUCAACAUGACUAUAAACAAAGAAGCGUUUGUAGAUCUUGAAGAAAAAUAUCAAAAAGUAAUAAAACUCCUGUUAGAAGACAGUAAAUCCGAUCCAGAAAAUGAACCUUUUCUGUCCAAAUACUCGGCCAGGCAAAUUCUCAUUGGUAUGAAGGCAAAUCUUGAAAACCUAAUGAGAAUUCAAUCGUCUGGAGGCCCAGAAAGUAUCAAACUUAAUGCAAUGUACGGUACAGUACAUCUUUAUCUUGGUAUGGUAGCAAUUGACACUGAAGAAAUAACUGUGGGCGAAAAGCAUUUGGAUAAAUGCCAGGAAAUUAUUAAAGAUAUACAAUCCCUCCCUGAUGUCGUCCUUAUAGCCUUAAACAUGUAUAAUCAAUUUGGGAUAUUAUGGUCACAAAGAGAACCAGAAAAAUCUAAAAUUUUCCUUGAAAAAGCUGAGCAACUUUACCUCGACUUUAAAUCAACUGGCACGGCACCCAUUGACAUAGCAGAUUUAUUCAAACCAAAUAUAGAAAGUUACAAUAGUGAAAUGGCUUUCAAGAACAUGGAAAAAAUUUACACCCUUACACUAUACUAUUUGGCACAGAUUUUUGGUCAAUUAAACCAAGACUUUAAAAGUGCCGUUUAUUGCCACAUCACUUUGCAAAGGCAACUGGAAAUGGCAGAUUAUGACCCAAUUGAUUGGGCACUUAAUUCAGCAACACUUUCUCAAUUUUUCUUGGAAAAAUGUGGAUUUAAACAAGCAAGGCAUCACUUGGCUGCCAGCUCGUGUAUUUUAGACAAAUAUAAAUCUGAAGAACUGGAUACUGUUACAGAUAUAACUGAAGAACAUGAGGCAAAACUUGAAGUAUUCAAUCACAGGAGUGCUGAUGUUGCUCGUUGUUGGAUAAAAUAUGGUAUAGCUCUGCUGGGAAAAUCCAAAGAUAGACUUUUGGGUCAUACUGAAAAUAUUGAAGAGAAGUGCAGUAUGGUAUCAGAUUUGGCUUUAAUGCAGUUACCUGAAGACGCAAAAGUUACUUUAGAAGACCUUCAAAAUUUAUCUUUCAAUGGUAUUGAUGUAAGUUUGUAUGAGGAAGAAAUAACUGAUUCAUUUGUGCUACACUUACCAGAUGCUAAACAAGUAUUUCUCAAAAUGCAAGACUGGGUUAAAAAAGCUCAGGAUUAUUACAGUUUCAACAGUUUAGCAUCAGAUUAUAUCGAAAUCGUUCAAGAUCAGAGUCAACUUUACUUAAAAUUAUUAUUUUUUGAAGACGAUCAAGACAACCAAGCUAAAUUGCAUAAAAGACGAAUCGAUUUAAUGGAACAUGUUAUAAAUAAUAUCAAUUCUCAAUAUUACAUGAGUUUUUGUAGGCAACUCUGGUUUGAGUUAGGUAAUACUUAUUCAGAUAUUAUUGAUAUUAAGUCAGAAAAACUCAGAGAAGCUGCAGACAGACCUAAACCUCAAGCAUUGAAGAAACUUAACUCUUUAGUAGAAAAAUGUAUUAGGCAUUUCAAGAGUUUUGUAUCUUCUUUUAAAGUAAACGUCGCUGAAAGAGAAAAAGUCCAAGACGAUGCAGAAAAACCAUUUCUUCAAGCAUAUUUUCACUUAGCAGCUCAUUAUGGUAGAUUCGUUACAUUAGAUAAAGCUGUCCAGUUAAAAAACGUUGAGCAACAAUACGAGCAUUAUAAAUUUAUUGUAGACUACUGUGAAAAACAUGCAAACGCUCAACAGCUAAUUCCAAUGGAAUUGGACAUUUGUAAAGAAAUGGUUAUGCUUUUACCAGUUAAAAUGCUUAGAUUAAAAUAACGUACUUUAGAGUAAAUUUUGUGAUACCUAUACAUUUUAAGCAGGAUUCUCUAUUUAUUGUUUAGUAUAAGAAUAUGGAGAGGAUUUAAAAAAAAUUCUUCAAAUAAAAUUUAUUCGCUCUAAAAUAA